UUCCUUCUCAAGUUUUUGACACACGCAAACACUCUCUCUCUCUCUCUCUCUCUCUCUGGUAUUUCCUUGAAUGUUGGAGGAGGCAUCAUUUUAUAGAAUCUUUCUUAAAAUUAUGUACUGUGAAGUAUAAGAUUGUCGGUUAUUCUUAAAAACCCUUCUGUCUUGAGUUAUUGGGUUGCUUGGAUAUUUCCGAUUGAUUUGGAACACAAAAAUAAUGGAGGAUGAGUAUUCUAAGUUCGUCAGGAGGAUGAACCCGCCCAGAGUUGUGAUUGACAACGAUACUUGCGAGGAUGCCACUGUUAUCCAGGUUGACAGUGUCAACAAACAUGGAAUCCUCCUAGAUGUUGUCCAAGUGCUCGCAGAAGUAAACCUUAUAAUAACAAAAGCUUACAUCUCAUCUGAUGGGGUGUGGUUCAUGGAUGUGUUUAACGUGAUUGAUCAGAAUGGGAAAAAAAUCAGAGACCAGGACAUUAUCAAUUAUAUUCAAAUGAGACUUGAAAGCAAUGCCGGCUUUGUACCCUCUAUGAGAGAUUCUGUUGGUGUGAUGCCCUCAGAAGAGCACACCUCAAUUGAGCUCAGUGGUACCGACAGACCUGGUUUAUUGUCUGAAGUGUGUGCAGUUCUUGCAGACCUUCACUGUAAUGUGGUAAAUGCUGAGAUAUGGACACACAAUGCUAGAGCUGCUGCUGUAGUUCAUGUCACAGAUGAUUCCACUGGUUGCGCAAUUAAAGAUCCAAACCGUCUCGCUACAAUUAAGGAGUUACUUUGCAAUGUUCUCAGAGGAAACAGUGAGUUGAAGGCCGCUAAAAUGACACUUGCAACCCCUGGAGUUACAAACAGAGAUAGAAGGUUGCAUCAGCUUAUGUUUGCCGACAGGGAUUAUGAAAAGGUUGAAAGAGCAGAACUACAGAGAAUUGAGGAUAAGGGCUCAAGACCCCAUGUAACUGCGUUGGAUUGCAGUCAGAAGGAUUACACUGUCGUUACCAUGAGAUCAAAAGAUCGACCAAAAUUGUUAUUUGACAUCAUCUGCACUUUAACGGACAUGCAGUACGUGGUUUUUCACGGAAUGGUCAAUACAGGGAGGAUGGAAGCUUAUCAGGAAUUUUAUAUUCGACAUGUUGACGGGCUUCCUAUAAGCUCAGAAGCUGAGCGAGAACGUGUUGUACAGUGUCUUGAAGCAGCCAUUGAAAGGCGGGCAUCUGAGGGGCUGGAACUACAGCUGUGCACAGACGACCGGGUUGGACUUCUCUCGGAUAUCACCCGGAUAUUCAGGGAGAACAGCUUGUGUGUCAAACGAGCAGAAAUUUCAACUAAAGGUGGCAAAGCUAUAGACACUUUCUAUGUCACAGAUGUGACAGGAAACACAGUUGACCCGAAGAUUAUUGAUUCAGUUCGCAGGCAGAUUGGGCAGACCAUACUGCAGGUGAAACUUAACUCAAGCCCCCCACCAAAGGCCCCUCAAGGGACAACAAUGGGAUAUCUCUUUGGGAACUUAUUUAAAGCUCGAAGUUUCCAGAAUUUUAAAUUGAUUAGAUCCUACUCAUAGUUUCUCUUUAUCUUCUUGGAAGUAAAAUCUGUAAAAAGAGGUAGCAGAUGUUUCAAGACAGAAGUACACAUAAACUAAAAAAAACGUUGUAAAUAGGCACCUGGAAACCAAAAAAACGUUGUAAAUAGGCAAUGCUCCGAGGGUUACACGUUAUAUGCCAUAUAAUACUCUAUACUGUAAAGCUACUGGUUGGGUUUGUAUAUCCUACCUCCUGUAAACAAAUAAUGUAUAGUGUGAUGUGCAGAGGUUGUACAAAGAUAGAAAAAAAGGUUGUACAGAUAUUUUAGCUCAAUGAAAAAUGAUGUACAUAUUUGAAUUGUUUGCAGUUUUAA